AUGUUCCACCAACUGCAUUGCGAUCUCGUCAGGCUUGGCCUAGGCGUGGAAGCGGACAAACUGGAGUUUAUGCACUUCUGGAAAAAACGUGCACCAUGGCGUGUGGAUCGACCCUUUGGUCCGGACCUCGUGGUGCAUAUUAACAAUCAGCCGGUUAGCCUUGUGCCAACCGGCAACAUGCGGUAUCUUGGGUUCUGGCUGGAUCCCAAGUUGUCGUUCCGGUUGCACGUCAAAUUUUAUGCGAGCAAAGCAGCCAGCACGGUAUCAUCGAUAUCAAUGUUGGGCAACUCUGUGCGUGGGUUCACGCCUGCACAGAAAAGACAACUGUACAUUGCACAUGUGAUUCCUCUCAUGUGCUACGGUGCCCAA